AUGGCAUUUGCUCGUGCAGCGGCUCACAUCACCACUUCGAACCCUAGAAUUGUAGCCAUGGGCAGCUGUGGUACAAAGGAGGUUGCAGAAGGCGACAUUGUUUUGAAUGUCUAUGAUGUGGGCACCAGUAUUGGCAUGCACGACCUGAACAAUGUUCUUCACAUGAUUGGCACCGGCGUGUACCAUGCGAGCACUCAGAUUGGGGACCAGGAGUGGGCCUAUGGCUAUUGCGAGAAAGGCUGCGGCGUUUUCCACUGUAAGCCCAGAGGCUACCCUUUUACCUACCGCGAGUCCAUCAACCUGGGCCCAUCCCCACUCUCGCCGGAGCAGAUCCACCAGGAGAUCGAAAAGCUGAAACAGGUUUGGCUUGGUCCCCAAUAUGACCUUCUCCACAGGAAUUGUUGUCAUUUCGCUGUGGCAUUGUGCCAAGCGUUGCAGGUCAAAGAGGUGCCCGGUUGGGUGACGAACUUGGCCGCCGCGGGCGCCACCAUCAUGGCUGAAGAACACGCCAUCGAAGAGGGUGUUCACUGGUUGGCCCAGAAGGCCACAUCAGCAGUGGAAGGCCUCGAGCAUUCCGUCCGAGACGCCAUCCUGGAGGCUGCCAAAGCAGGGCGCAUUGCAGAAGAAUGCUUCGAGCAGGAUUGCCUGGGAAGACAUAAAGUCCAGGUCAAGGCUUGCCACGUCCUUGUGAGAACUGGGCAUUUGAAGGAAGUUCCUGAUACCAACAUGUGGUGUUGCUGCGGCGCCUGA